AUGACAAGCCCGAUGUACCGUAAACGGAAACGAUGGGCUGAAGCGUACUUCUCGGGGCAUUUUUUUGGUGGGAAUACCACAACACAACGUGUCGAGGGUAUGCAUAAGAACUUGAAGGAUGGAAUUGGUAGAGGCAUGAAGUUAGUGGAGUGUAUUCCACGGAUUGAAAGAUCGUUAUUGAGGUUGAGAAAUGAGAAUGUGAAGGAUGACUUUGAUUCCAACAAUUCACACCCACUCCUUCGUACGCACCUCCGAUCACUAGAGGAACAUGCAGCUUCUAUUUUCACUCACGAUAUUUACAAGUUGAUAAGAAAUGAGAUAAACAAGGAGGCUAAAUUAAUUCUCGUGCAACCCGUAAGAAACAAUGAAGAUCCUCAUGUUUACACAUUUUCCAAAUUUGGAAGACCCGAUGAGAAAUGGACUGUAGUGUACUACAAGAAAGAGCAACAUCUGCAGUGUUUGUGCAAAUUAUUUGAAUCUAGUGGAAUUCCAUGUUGUCAUAUGUUUGGAGUCAUGAAAUGUGAUCAUAUGGAUCAAAUACAUCCGUCCGUAAUAAUGAAGAGAUGGACAAAGGAUGCAAGACACGGGAGUGAAUUUGUAGUCAAGUUGGAUGAUGUUCCCAACGAAACUAUUCAAAUGGCUAGGUUUGGGUCAUUAAGCUCUGAUUUUAACAAGCUUUGUUUUUAUGGGUCGCAGACAGAAGUCGCUUACAAGAGGCUAAAGGCUGAAUUUGGGAGAUUAAAUACUUUGGUUGAGAGAUGGAAGGAGCAACAUGAGCAAACUAGUCUUAAUCUAGGAUGCCAUAAUAAUGUUGUAAGAGACCCCAUAGUUGCUAAGACAAAAGGAAAGCAAACAACGGGAAGCAAAGGCAAAAAGGCCCCCCAAUGCGGAGAGUGCAAGGUUACUGGUCACAACAAAAGAAACUGUCCAAAUAGCAUUGUUGGUGAGAGAGGUAAGCGGAAAAGGGGUUAUACAAGUGACAGGAGCGAUUUUCUUUCUAGUUUUGGACCACAAGAUGACACAACUGUUGGAAACAAAACAUUUUUUUCCUCCUCGAGUGCUGUUCAUGGGACUAAGACGUUGUCCUCUUCUUAUACAACCCCUAACUCGGGCUUCUCAUAUGGCGAAGUGUCUAGUGGCUCCACUCAUUACAACUCAAAUGAUUUCACCUUUGAGACACCCGAGUAUAGUGUAUUGGAAUCACAAUUUGACACACAAGCCUCACCACCUAGAGAUCGUAAUAGAUUUUGGGUUCCGUUCACCCCAAUAAAAUGA